AUGAGUGCUUUAAGGCCAAAUAGGCCUACAACUGAGAGGAGGGUAUUUGCUUUAUCAGGUGUAGAGACUUCCACCUCAUCAGACUUGGUGAAGGGGAAAGGGAAGGCAGCAUGUGAGAAUGUUUUAUUUCUGUUUGACUCUGGUGCUACCCAUUCAUUUAUAUCUAUUGAUUGUGUAAGGAGAUUGGGUUUAACGGUGUCUACAUUGCAUGUUGAUUUGUUUGUAUCUACUCUGACUUCAAUUUCUGUGGUGAUGUCAGAGAUGUGUGUGAGAUGCCCGAUAGAGGUGUUUGGUAGGAGGUUCCGGGUGAACCUGCUUUUUUUGCCCAUGGUGGAUAUAGAUAUCAUCUUGGGGAUGGAUUGGUUAUCUACCAUCACAUCCUUAUAG